AUGUUAACAGUCGUUUUGCUUCUCUUUCACUUUCUCUCUCUACUUUUAAUCUUUCUCUCUCUCUCUCUCUCUCUCUCUCUCUCUCUGUAUCUCUCAACUGCUCUCUUUUCCUUUUUUCUCUCUCUCUUUCACUUUCUACUUCCCACUUCCUCUUUCAUUCUCUCACUUUCUGUCUACUUCUCACUUUCUCUUUGUUUCUCACUCUUUCUCUCCCUACCCCCUCUUUCUCUUUAUCUUUGUCUCUCUUUCUCUCUCUACUUUUCUCUUUCUUUUGCCUCUUUCUAUUUCUAUCUUUACUUCUACUUCCUAUUUCUUUCUCUUUCCCAACUUCUUUCUUUCUCAUUGAUUCUCUCCCCCUCUCUCUACUUCUCUAUCUCCUUUUGCUUCUUUCUCUCUCUCUCUCUCUCUCUCUUUCUCUACUUCUGUUUUCUUCUAUCUCUUUCAUCUCUGCUUCUCUCUUUCUCUUUGUUUCCCUCCCUUUCUCUCUCUAUUUUCCUUUCCACCCACCCUUUGCUUCUCUCUCUACUACUCUCUCUACUUUUCCCUCUGUCUUUCUCUUUCAGAGCAUCUUCCUCAUUCGAUAACCCCCGUUGCGCGGGCCUGUGUUUUUGUGACUCAACAAUAAACAUUCAGGCACUCAGCCGCCGUGAUAUUGCUCAUCUCUCUCUCCUCCCUCUCUCUCAUUUAAUCUAUCUAUCUACACUUACUCAUUCGCUCGCUCGCUCGAUCUAUCUAUCUAUCUAUACUCACUCGCUCUAUCUAUCUAUCUAUCUAUCUAUCUAUCUAUCUAUCUAUCUAUCUAUCUAUCUAUCUAUCUAUAUUCACUUGCCCUAUCGAUCUAUCUAUACUCACUUGCUCUAUCUAUCUAUCUAUCUAUCUAUCUAUCUAUCUAUCUAUCUAUCUAUCUAUCUAUCUAUCUUCACUUGCCAUAUCGAUACUCACUCACUUUAUCUAUCUAUCUAUCUAUACUCACUUGCCCUGUCUAUCUAUCUAUCUAUCUAUCUAUCCUCACUUGAUCUAUCUAUCUAUCUAUCUAUACUCACUCGCCCUAUCUAUCUAUCUAUCUAUCUAUCUAUCUAUCUAUCUAUCUAUCUAUCUAUACUCACUCGCCUUUAUCUAUCUAUCUAUCUAUCUAUCUAUCUAUCUAUCUACACUCACUCUCCCUAUCUAUCUAUCUAUCUAUCUAUCUAUCUAUCUAUCUAUCUAUGCUCACUCGCCUUAUCUAGCUAUCCUCACUCGCCUUUAUCUAUCUAUCUACACUCACUCGCCCUAUCUAUCUAUCUAUCUAUCUAUCUAUCUAUCUAUCUAUCUAUCUAUCCUCACUUGCCCUAUCUAUCUAUCUAUCUAUCUAUCUAUCUAUCUAUCCAUCAUCUAUACUCACUUUAUAUCUAUCUAUCUAUACCACCGCGCCUUUAUCUAUCUAUCUAUCUAUCCAUCCAUCCAUCUAUCCAUCUAUCUAUCUAUCCUAUCUAUCUAUCUAUCUAUCUAUCUAUCUAUCUAUCUAUCUAUCUAUCUAUCUAUCUAUCUAUGCUCAUCUAUCUAGCUAUCCCCACUCGCCUAUCUAUCUAUCCACACCUCGCCUUCUAUCUAUCUAUCUAUCUAUCCAUCUAUCUAUCUAUCUAUCCCCAUCUAUCUAUCUAUCUAUCUAUCUAUCUAUCUAUCUAUCUAUCUAUCUAUACUCACUUGCCCCAUCUAUCUAUCUAUCUAUCUAUCUAUCUAUCUAUCUAUCUAUCUAUCUACACUCACUCUCCCUAUCUAUCUAUCUAUCUAUGCUCAUUCAUCUAUCCUAUCUAUCAUCUAUCCUCACUCUCCCAUUUAUCUAUCUAUCUACACUCACUCGCCCCAUCUAUCUAUCCUAUCUUUAUCUAUCUAUCUAUCUAUCUAUCUAUCUAUCUAUCUAUCUACACUCACUCACCCUAUCUAUCUACCUGUCUGUCUGUCUAUCUAUCUACAUCCCACUCCGAUUAA